GUCCUCGACUUACGACCGGUGGGGGGGUCGCGGCAUUAAAAAGGUUGAGAACCACUGAUCUAGUCCAACCCCCCUCCUCCCUAUAGACCCAAGACUUUUUCACUGUGCUUAUCUGCCUUGCUUCAUUCAAGACAUAAUUUUGCUGUUUCGCUCUAGGACAUGGUUUUUCAACCUUGGUGACUUUAGCUCCCCAAAAUCCAGUAUUUCCAGCUAUAAAUCUGAGACAGAAGUCUAUCCAAAACUCUUUGCAGUGAUACUUCUAGAAAAUAAUGUGAAACUGAUAGUCCUGAACUAGUUCAGGCUGUUAGAGGGAAGAAUAGUCCUAGGAGUUACAUUAACUAGAUUGCUUUCUUGGGGCGUGGGAAAAUUUCCUAGCUUUAGUUUCUGGGGGGGUUGUUUCUUCUUCUUCUUUUUUUUUAAGAAUUAAAAAAAAAAAAAACGAACUGAAACUGAGACAUUUUGCGGGCACGGCGUCUUCUGAUACUGCAUUCGAGCCUGCUUCCAGAGUGCAUUCAGGAAGUGACACGCGAUAGAAUGGGUGGGCUUGCUCAUUGCCUGAGAAAAGCUUAGAUUAUUUCUAUCCUUUCUUCCAAUGCAGUAAAUUGACCGCUGUACAAUUAUUCUGAAACAACACUAAUUGGAUGACUCUAAAAGAUGCCGGAGGUCAUUAGUGGAGAUUCUGCCUCAGUGAGCCUCAUUGUUGGUUAGAGAAAUAAUUGAAUGAAAGAGAUGCCUGACCAUCCCACCCAUCGGUAGUUGCUCAUCUGCAUAUCAAGUUAGUCCCUGGGUACAGUAGCUAAAAAAUGUAUUGCAGAGCUGUGAGGACAGAUCACAACUGAUGCCUUAGGGGAGAGAUUACAGGCUGCUAAAUGGAAACUUUAAAAAAAACAGAUACGUGUUUACUUCCAUCUUAAACAGAAUGAGGGGAGGAAAAUAAUGUGGACAAUCAAGGGUUAUAGAGCUUAAAAAAACCUCUCCAUCUUUCUGAGUUAUAUUACAAAUGUCAUCAGCAAAACCUGAAACAUACCCUGGUUUGCCCAGGUGCUCGGUUCCUGGUCCCAUUCCUGGUCAGUUGCUGUAGGUAGAAAACAUGACUCCUGUUUGUCCUAAGUCUCCAAAGUCCACAUUAACAGAAUAACAGAGUUGGAAGGGACCUUGGAGGUCUUCUAGUCCAACCCCCUGCUCAAGCAGGAGAGCUUAUAACAUUUCAGACAAAUGGUUGCCCAGUCUCUUCAUAAAAACCUCCAGUGAUGGAGCACCCACAGUGUCUGGAGGCACCUACAAAACAGCAUAACCCUCAACCCUGAACUACCAUAACUCUCAACAGAAUGUACACCUGCUUAAUUUUCCCAUGUGUGAGUGGUGAUGUUGGUGACCAGUUUCAAAAGUUUGGCUUCAUAGUCACACAGAUGUUUCCGUCAUGUUGUUGAUGUGCUUCUGGACCUGCCUCUGGUUCUCCUUCCCUCCUUCAUCAGAGUAGUUAUCUUGCCUGCUCUGCUCACAGAGGCCUAGAGAGACCUCUGUGACAUCAGAACUUCACAAGGCCGUGCUGAGGAGAACAUCUGUGGACCUCGGACAGGUCUGGACAGCCCAAUGGCCAGAAUGUAACCACCACGCCCUGCCCCAUGAUGUGGCUCGGGCAGGCCUUGGGUGGCCUGCAGAUCUUCCCACCCCCUUUCAUCCUGACGCCUAGAACAUGUCACCCUCCGAAGGUGUAAGUCGCAGGGGAAUGGCUUAAGGAACCGAUGGUGAUGCUCCACUUGGGCUUUCUCUCGGCCUGCUCCGAUUGUGACCAACACGCCGUUCUGUUUACGCUUUGGGUUACCCCAGAUAUGACCGCUUGCGUAUCGUAGACGCCCAAAGGAUCAGCAAGAUGUCAAACUAACCAUUGUCGUAGUCAGGGCCAGUCCAGAAAAUCAUGCAGUCAUCUGGGCACAGGUUGCGUGACGUUGAGCAUCAUCCUCUGCUUGCCGAGAAUGACUGCUACGAUUCACCGUCAUCCGAGUGCGACGCGGGGGAUCGCGUCUGGUUCAUCCGCGACAGCUGCGGGAUGGUCUGUGCACUGAUGACCUGGCUUCUGGUGGUCUACGCCGACUUCGUGGUCACCUUCGUCAUGCUGCUCCCUUCCAAAGACUUCUGGUAUUCCCUGGUCAACGGAGUCCUCUUCAACAGCUUGGCUGUGCUGGCGUUGUCUUCUCACCUAAGAACAAUGCUGACGGAUCCAGGUGCUGUCCCCAAAGGAAAUGCCACAAAGGAAUACAUGGAGAGUUUGCAGCUGAAACCAGGGGAGGUCAUCUACAAAUGCCCCAAGUGUUGCAGCGUGAAGCCAGAACGUGCCCAUCACUGCAGUAUUUGCAAACGAUGCAUUCGGAAGAUGGAUCAUCACUGUCCCUGGGUUAACAACUGUGUGGGGGAAAGGAACCAAAGGUUUUUUGUGCUUUUUACUAUGUACAUUGCUCUGAUUUCAGCUCACGCGCUCAUCCUGUGUGGAUUUCAGUUCUUUUCCUGCGUCCGGAAUCAGUGGAUUGAAUGCAGUAACUUCUCCCCACCCGUGACGGUGAUCCUACUGAUCUUCUUGUGCCUUGAAGGGUUUCUCUUUCUGACCUUCACCGCGGUGAUGUUUGGCACUCAGAUCCAUUCGAUAUGCAACGAUGAAACGGAGAUCGAAAGGCUGAAGAGCGAGAAGCCCACCUGGGAACGCAGACUGUGCUGGGAAGGGAUGAAGUCGGUCUUUGGGGGACAACCGUCCCUGCUGUGGAUAAAUCCUUUCGCUGGAUUCCGAAUCCGGAGGUUCCUGCUCAGAAGCAAGAAGGGAGCGCCUGAAUUUUCGGUCUGAGUCGGCCCAAUCAUGCUGAAACCCACACAAGGAGUGUAUUUUAUUUAUUGGGAGCGAGGCGGGGGGGAAAAGCCGCCAACCUGGGACCAGAGGAGUUGAACAAAAAACAUACCGAACAUUUUGCUUGUAGCAAGCAGAGUUUUAUACCUUUAUAACCUCCUACGUCUCACUCUCUGGAAGUGGACGCUGAAUGUGGCCACGCCUGGCUUUUGUUCCGCCGAACAAACGAAACACCAAGGGGACAGGACCGUUACGCCGAGGAAGUCCAAAUAGCACCUCCACUGCGGUAACAGGAUUUUAGGGGACUGUUUGCCAGAUCUUUUCUUCGUUAGGAGUCUUUUUUUUUUUCUUUGUGACACAUCGACUUCUCCUCUUUUGAAAAGACUGUUCCUGGAGCCAUCGUUGUCAAUCAUGAGACACCGUUGUCAGUCAUGAGACAUGCUGAAAACAGCUAGCCAAACGCAAUCCCCGAAAUGAAAAAUUUCAGGUGGUUUUUUUUUCCCAUGGUGUUUUCUGUUUGCCCCAACAAGCUCGGUUAGGGUGGGUGAUUAUCUUGCAGGGCUUUUGAUUCUCCCACGAGAGAACCCAAAGCUCGCACGGGUGAGGUCCCAAAUCUCCCCCCCCCCCCCCGCCGGAUUGUUCAUUUUUAGGUUCAGAAUCAAAGUACUAAAUAGGGAACAACUAUAAGAACAAGGUACUCGUUCUGUUUGUGGACGCUUGUGUCAAAUGCCUGGGUUUUUGUUCUCACUUUAAGGGAAUGGGUUUUAAAGAAGAAAGAAGCCCUGAGGUCAAAACCUCUUAAAGUCAGCAAACUCAGUUAUCUUUUUCAUGUCAUCAGCACCAGGUGACAUGUCAAGUUAGGCCAGGAGGUUUUUCAAAAAGUUCCCCCGGCUACGGGAAGCAGUGCUAGGAACUUGGGAGACCCGGUUGUUGGAAAAGAAGUCUCUUUUGAAGUUCAGUAGGAGUUAGUUUGGAAGGUCGUCUCUCCGACAUUUCUCAAAGUCCCUUUGUUUUUAAAGAAGCUGCUUUAAACCCACUAAUGGCUGGGGAAUUCUAGGAGCUGAAUGAAGUCCAGGUGUCUUAAAAGUUGCCAAGGUUGAGAAACACUAUAUACUAGAGGUUGAAAAGACGCUGUAUUGAGGAAAUACCCAGGAAAGGCAGGUGGGCGUUUUAACUCCAUGUAGGGUUCAGAUCGGUCAUGAAAUUCCACUUGUUCCCUAAUGGUAAUUUUGCUUAAAUUAUGCUUAAAGUAAAAAAACAAAAAGAUUGCCCCCUCUGCACCUCCUUGUAACCAGAAGAUUCAGUGCAGCUCUUGAGUAUGUAUAUGUAUCCUGAUAUAUAAAAGAAGCUUAUAUAUUUAAUAGCGAUGACGGAGGCAUCGCAUGCUUCUACCCCAUAGUGGGCAUCUACGGGGGCGGCAGGAGGAUACCCAUAUGAUGAAGGUGUCACACAAGUGUUGGCGCUUCACGUACUUAUGCAUCUGAGGUUGAGAUAUAGGUUCACCAGAACUGCAUUUGCACAAUGAGAUGUAUGGAUUAUGGAGGGCUUGGGUGGACACCCCUGAGUCUGGUUGAUCUCUUAGAGAAGAUUUUGAGUUGAGUGAAGUUCUCUGGGUAUAGAUGAAGCAUUUCGGAUUCUGUCAGCAUUUGGAGGGUGGCGCAGUGGCUCAGUGGUUAAAGACACUGGGCUUGAUGGCUGGAAAGUUGGCAGCCCAAGUUUGAGACCCUAGUGCCAUGCGACGGAGUGAGCUCCUGUCCUCACCUCAGCUCCAGUCAACCUAGCAGUUCGAAAGCAUGCAAAUGUGAGUAGAUAAAUAGGUAUCCCUUCGGUGGGAAGGGAACAGCCCUCCGUCAUGUGCUGGUCACAUGACCACAGAAAUGUGUUCGGACAGCUCUGGCUCAACAGCCUUGAAACAGAAAUGGGCACCGCCCCCCUAGACUCGAUAAAGGCUAGUGGAGUAAAAAUCCGGAGGGACUCCUUUUUACUGUAGCAUUGUAGAAGGAGCUAUAUAUAACGGGCUUAGACCAGAGGUAAGCAACCUUGGCUCUUUUAUGACUUGUGGACUUCAACUCCCAGAAUUCUGGGAGUUGAAGUCCACGAGUCAUAAAAGAGCCAAGGUUGCCUAUCCCUGGCUUAGACCAUUCUUCAGAUGAAGGCCAUAAGUUGUGACCCUUCAGACGAAAGGAGCAGGCAUCGGUUCCUGUCACUCAACCCUGGAUAUCUCUUCUUGUGGAUGACCCUCACCUGAAAUCCUGUUUUUCCUCAUUUGCCUGUGGAUUUUGGCAGACAAAAUCGCUGCUUGUUGUAUAGUGCCUUAUCUUUUUUGUGAGUCGGGUUGCAUGUUACAAGACAGGGGUCUGAGAGGAUGCUGCUACUAUUGUGCGGGACUCUCCUAACAUCCCUAUUGGGGCAUGUCAGCAUUUAAAAAUAUACAGAAUUGAUGGAACAGAGGUGAGGAAGAAGAGAGGCAAAACCGCAGGUGUGCCCUUGGGCAUGUUUUUAACAAAAUGUAGGUGUUUCUCUAUUUACAAGCCAAAUCUAGUGUUUCUUCUCCUUUCUGAGAGAACUUAUCUACCAGUAUGUCCACCGUGGUGUUAAGGAGGAAUCCACUCCUCCGUUCUUAAGAGGCAUGUCAGACUAAUAAGCAUAUAAAGCUAUCCAUGAGUAUUUCCCCUGAUAACGGUUGGUACUGCUGAAGAAAUAUUGCCGUGCUGAAGAAAUAUCGAGCAUUUACAGAAUCCAGCCAAGGUGUGCUUCGUACAUCUUAGCAAACUCUUCUCAAUCAUGUAAACAGAAUUUAGGCAGCUCGGUCUUAGUUUGAGGUUAAUCCUGGAGGAAACUGCCAAUGGAAGAAAAUGCAACAUACGACAAAAAAAAAAAUGUGAAAAAAGGAUCAGGUUCAAGAUUUGUGGCAGUUUCAGUUCUACCGUUUGAGAAUUAGGUAUAUUGACCUUUAAGGACCUCAUUCAUAUAGGCCGCUUCUGGUGGGAUUGUCCUUCUGAAACUCAGCAGAUCAUGUUUAAGCAGCCGAUUAUGUCUGUGAUUUAGCAAAUAUGUGUGUGGAAUGGAUGGAAACGAAGUUCCUUGGUUUUCAGAUCCUUGUUCUGUUGUAAUUUUUUUUUAUAAAAAUGUGGAAUAAAGUUAACUGAUUGAAGCUUGGUUGACCAUCACCAGGCAAAUGG